AUGAAGAAUUCCUUGUUAAGUACACCAUCAUUUCAGCCAUCAUCAACAACCUUGUUCAUGUUCGAAAAAGUGAAAGCACUUCCAACUAGUCUUGACUGGAGAGCAAGGAGAGCCGUUACCCCUGUUCAGGACCAAGGACAAUGUGGAAGUUGCUGGGUAUUUGGAGCAGUGGCUGCUACUGAAGGCCUUGUUAAGAUCAAAACUAGAAACUUAGUUUCGUUAUCUGAGCAACAAAUAAUAGAUUGUACAAGUACUUCUGAUGCCUGCAAUGGUGGCUGGAUGGAGCAAUUCUACAAGGAUGGGACUCUAACCAGCAAGUGUGGGACCGAUCUAAAUCACAUUGCUGUAGUAGUUGGGUAUGGUACAAGUAUAGAUGGUACUAAGUAUUGGAUAUUGAAGAAUUCUUGGGGUCCAGACUGGGGGGAAAAAGGUUACAUCAGGGUGCAAAGGGGCAUCAAAGCCAGAGAAGGCAUGUGUGGCAUUGCUGAACAUGCUUCAUAUCCAACAAAAUAA